AUGUGGCAACAGACGGCCUCGCUGGGCUCACAGAGCUCUGACGAUAAGAGGACAGACAGUACAACUUCUACAAGCAAUCUGGAAGAAACUGAAAGGACACCCGCUCAUCAGCAGUCAGAUUCUUGUGAAUCCACAAGGGUAGAAGAAAAAAGUCCUGAUAGUGCCUUAAAAAGUGGGCCCGCAGAAGAGUCCUUGGCUAGUUCUGGCAACAGGGCUGCAGCCGUGACUGCCUUUAACAGUAGCAUUGAAGAGGUGGAAACAACUCCCAGUCAUCCGUCAGAUGCCGAUGAAUCUGCACCCAUAGAAACGUCAUGUCGUAGAGAUUCCUUGAAACUUGGCUCAACCGAAGAGGUCUUGGCCUCUGCCAAUUCAUUGCUCCAACACCAUCGAAUUGAACGGUUAAAACAACGAUCAAUAGAAAUCGACAUGCCAUACGGUGAUAUGCCCACAGAAACAGAAAUUCGUUCAAUAUACUCCGAAAGUAAAAAGGACACAACUCCAAAGUACGAGCAGAUUUCCUUCGCAGCUAGUAAUGAGGAACCCCUGCCUUUUUUUAUCGAUCAAGUCAAUCAACGUGGUCAAAAAAACAGUCCAACGUUUCGAGGAGAAGUAGAAAUCUCAACCGAAGAGCAAGAUGCAAGCUUUAGCAAUGACGAGAAGAAUUUAUCAAAUUCUACUCGCAAGGGGGUUACACAAAUCGAAGAUUCUUCGAUCAAUGCCAUCGAACCAAAAGUGAUUAGGUCGCUAGUUGCCAAAGAAGAUUCCAAGGAAAUUCAGAACUCAAAAUGGUAUUCUAUCUUUGGCGAUCAAAUGAAUCCUAGGAGUUCAAUGAAUGGUGGAGAUGAUACAGCGAAACACGUUGAUGUAGGAUCAUCAAGAACACAAAUGCCCAAUUCCAUCGUCAAGGCCAUCCAUGACAAACCGGACGAUAGUGUUCACACCCAGAUGCCGGAUUGGAUAGAGAAUCAAAGUUCGGGAUGCAACGAUGAAACUUCUGCUAGCACAUAUGCCCCUGGGCAAUCAAGAACGGUGAUAGUGCAUGAGAUCAUGAGAGAAGGAUGGACUUGGGGUAGUGCAUGGUCACCAAGCGGAGAUCGACUUGCCAUAGCUACGGAGAACCACCAUCUUGCCGUUAUUGAUACGCGCUCAUCGCCGAUUUGGAGAGUGAAACACGACAAGCGUAUGAGUGGGUCCCUUAACAGGGGAACUGGUUCCAUUCGAUGUGUUGCUUGGGGUAGCAAUUUCAUUGCUAUUGGAGGCACUGGUGAUGCUGUUUCUAUACUUGCACCUACCGAGCCAUACCCAAUCAUUCACACACUUUCUGCCGGGACAUAUGUCGGUUCCUUAGAUUGGAGAUGUAACAGCAAAACGUUAAUCACAGGGAAUCGCGAUGGUAAAGUUCAUAUUUUUGGAAUUGGCUCCUCAGAAGACGACGAUAGUGCUUCAGCAAGCACCGAAUACAGCAGUGGAAGGAACGCGAUACAGAGUAAAAUUCUCAAGACAAUUGAUCUGAAACCAGCAUGGGUGAAUGCUGUAAAGUUCAGUCCAGACGGGUUAUCAUUUGCUGUUGGGGACGAAGACGGCAUACUCGGCGUAUACUCGUUCCUGGAACGGCAAGAUGGAACACAGAUUGAGAUUUCUAAUGUUGCAAAUUUCAAAAUGGAAGAUUCUAUCCUCGAUAUAGAGUGGUCGCCCAAUGGAAAAUGGCUCUACUCUGGAGGAGAAGAUUUCGCAAUCACUAUAAUAAGGACAGAUGGUUGGGAAGCGAUUCAUAGAAUAAAACGAGAGAAAUGGGUACAAUUCCUUACCUGUUCGAGCAGUGGUUCGCAUUUGGCUGUUGGGGGUCUUUCUUCUGAGAUAUCGAUUCUUGACGCGGAAGGCACAUGGCAAACGGCAAUCAUUUUAGACCUCAAAGGAAUGAAUCCACUAUCCGCAAAAUGGCACCCAAAAGAUCAAUUCCUGGUGAUUACUGGACAACACAGCAAUGUUUUGGCUAUAGAAACAACAAAAUCACGUUACGUUCAGGGCCAUUGCUUCCACUCCAUAUCACCAAUUCUCGCUGUCGAGUUUUCGCCCGACGGCCGAAUGGCAAUCGUUGGUAACAAGGAGGGAGUCGUCACCAUAUUCAAGGUUGCUGGUUCCGCUUUCUCCGUUUGUUACGAAAUGGUCCUCGAUUGCCUUGGUACGCUUUCUAUCAAAUGGAGUCCUAACGGAGCAUUCAUUGUGAUUGCUUCUGAGAGCAAGAUUGUUGUGCUUUCGAGAAGAAAUCAUGAUGAAUCCAUGUCGCUUGGUGCAUCAGGUUUCGCUGUUGCAAAAAUCAUUCGCGGCAUUGGGAAUAUUUGCGGCAUUUCGGUUGACCCUACAAGUCAAUUUAUCGCUGUUUGCGGUUCAUCCCCUUCGAUCCUUGACGCCACAGCCGACUUUACAAAAUCCUGCGGUAUCAAUUCUCUGAAGAACGACUCACUUCCGCUGCCCAGCUCGUCGAACUUUUCUAGCGUCCUCGAGAUGGGAAGCUCAAGUCGAUCGUUGUCGCUGGCUGCUUCGUGGUCACCAGAUGGGAAAUGGCUAGCCUUAGUUGGAAGGAACCAGAACUUGGCGUUCUUUGACACUUCAUCUGAUUCCCCCUCGAAAUGGCGACGACUCUUUGAGGUAAAGACUAGCCAAGCAGGCCUUGCACUUGCAUGGGGUCCGCCAACUGAAACGGGAUUGCAAUAUUGCGCAUAUGCUGGAGAAGAUAAAAAAGUAUGCAUUCUAGAAAUCCGAGAUACGGAGCGUAGUUGGGAGAUGGUGCUUGAGGUCCCAAGGAAUGGCGUAGUGUAUGAUCUUGAUUGGGAUAGUGAUGGCUUGCUUGCUGCAGCCAUAAGUGAUGGAACUGUGACUAUUAUGGACUUGUCCUACCUAAGGUGUGGUCUUGCUGUGAAUGAGAUGGAUUAUAAUUGGCAAAGGCAGGCUUUGACAUGCUUCACUGAAAUACAAAGAAACAAGGGGAAGAACUGCAUGCAGACGCUGCGAUGGGUCCCAAAAGCUCCCGGUUCGGAUAGCUUGUUGGCAAUCGGGGGAACAGAUGGCGAAGUUGAAAUUCUAGAUCUCACUGCAGAGAGACACAUCUAA